GAGUAAAUCGAAAGUUAGGGAAUUAGUAGAGAGGCUGUCAUGGAGAUGCAAGAGAUCCCGACGGAGAGCCCAAGAGUCCAUGCAGAGGAUGGAGCAGGUGAGCCGAUGCUGGAGGUGAUAACUAAAGAGGAAGCAGAACCAGACCAUUACGAACAACUGAAAUGUCCAACUGAAGAUGUUUACGUAAAAGCGUCUGAUAUUCAUCCUAUAGUCAAAUCAAAAGAAGUCAGCAGAGCAAGAAGCAGGAGGAGAAAAGAGCAAACAAGCUGCCUGACUUACAGAAGCAAAGUAUUCCCCAUGUACAUCAAAUUUUGGCGCAGCUAUUUUAAGGAUGAAAAAGAGAAACCGGAUGAAGGCUCACUAUCGGUUGAGCUGGAGGGGGAAAAAGGCAAACAGGCUGAGAGGAAUGCAGGACUGUACCGUCUGCCGUGUUUAAUCCUCUCAGUUGUCUGUCUCAUUCUUCUCAUACUGGUCUGCAUACUUGGUGUGAAACUCCAAAAUACAACCACAGUCUGCCCAGGAAAUGGCAGAUCUGAAGACCAACAGUGUCCUGAUCCAGCAUGCAGCAUUGAGGAAUGCCAGGACCGCUACCAAAACAUUCCGUUCAAGCAUUUUGGCUGCCAGCAGUGUGCUACAGGGUGGCUCACCUAUGGCAGGUCCUGUUUUUUUCUUUCCACCACCAGACUGACCUGGCUUGAGAGUCAGAAGAACUGCAGCGCCAGUGGAGGGUCUCUGGCUAUUGUUACCAACAAGAAUGUUCAGAAAUUUCUUACACAGAAAGGGAAUCUGAAGUACUGGAUUGGACUGAGGCUUCAUAACGCCACAUGGAACUGGGUCAACAGUAAUGCGCUGCAGCAGAGUUAUUGGAUGGACCCUGUCCAAAACGAAGAUUGUGCCUAUCUCUACAGUGAUGGUCCAGUUGAGAAGAACUGGGGCAGGGCUUCCUGUCUGGCUUCAGCCUACUUCAUCUGUCAGCUGCAAUUCUGAAGGAAAUUGGGUUUCAUCAAAGAUCCUCUCCUCAGUAGGCAGAUAAUCGCUUUAGUUUGCAUGACAUACUCCAAUCAUAUCCAUUGCUUCUUAGACAGUGUAAAUAUUACAUUUAAGGCCUGAAUUUAAUGUAUGACAUCACAUUAUAUUUACUACUGAGUUUUAUGGUUUGUACAUCAGUAUAUUUGCUUUUACCAGCUUUAAUUUAGAUAUUUUAAUAUUUUGUACUACAAAUAAAUGUCCUGCUGACUCAUAAA